AUGGACCUGUCUUCCUACCUUCUCACCAUUCUUCACUACUCCGCUGAGACCGAUCUCCUCCUCGGUCACCCUCAUCCUUCCCUAUUGCUCAACCUUGAAAUCGACUCCUGCAUGGCUUCGCCGAUCCGUCGCGCAACCACCUCACUCCUCAGCAUGGCCACCUCCACCACCCCACCUCGCCGAAUCGCCAUCAUCGGUGGCGGACCCUCCGGCCUCUCCUCCCUCUCCCAACUCCUCUCCGUCUCACCUCACUGCCACAUCACACUGUUCGAGCGACGUUCCACGCACUCUGGCAUCUGGGCGUACGACGCCGAUCCGGGGCCUUGCGUUGUCCGGUACGAUCGCCAUGGUCGAGCCUACCCACUCUGGUCGGGUGGGAAGAAGGAUGGUGCUGAGGAAGGGAGGUUCCGACCACCGGGGGCGAUGUACGAUGGGUUGAGGACGAAUCUACCCUGUGAUGUGAUGGCGUAUCGAUCGUUCCCGUAUGCGAGAGGUACGGCGUUGUUCCCGGACCGCAAGACUGUCGAAGAGUACAUUUUGGAGUUCGGAAACGAGACGGUACGCGAUGCUGCGGGAAAGGCAGAGAUCCGGUUGAACACGGCGGUUUCCUCGCUGGUAAGAACACACCACGAUGCGGCGGAAGCAAAGGAAAGGAUCGGGUGGGGCAGCAAAUGGUCCCUCACUUCGAUCGACAUCAUCACCGGCGAGAAGAGGGAAGAAAGUUUCGACAACAUCGUCAUCGCCAGCGGUCGGUGCAACACGCCGUCCAUCCCGCGUGUCGCUGGGCUGCACAGCUUCAAAGGUGAAGUCCUGCACAGCGCGUGGUAUCGCUCGCCUAUUCCAUUCAAGGGCAAAACGGUUUUGGUAGUGGGCAAUUCGAGUUCCGGGUCGGAUAUCGCCAGGGAGCUCGUUGGGUACAUCCUGCGAACCCUGCCCGAGGGGCAAUCCGAGACGAAGGAGUUCAUCGAUGCGUGCGAGGCAGGAGAGCAGAGCGGAAAAGUGCUUCAUUCGUACGAGGACGUGGACAAGGCUCCUCCGUUGGACUUUGAUCCGCGGUCGGGUGAGGCGCCGCACUGGGCGAGAAGGAUCAGCGUUGUACCGCGCGUCAGUCAUGUAGAUGAGGAGGGGAGGAUUGUGUUCGAAGGUGGGGAGACGCGGGAAGAUGUGGAUGUGAUAGUUUUUGGAACGGGCUAUUCAUACGACUUUCCGUAUCUGGAUCAGACGUUGGCGCCGUUCGAUACACAUCCGCUCAUUCCACCCCAUCCCCCCUCCGCUGUGGAGGAAGAGAUAGCAGAUCCGUACACACCACCAACUCGCACAUCGCCGUACCUGACCAACCUCGACGACUGGUCGCUGUUCUACGCCCCCGAUCCCUCGCUCUGCAUCCUCGGUGCUCCCAUCCGAAUCGUACCCAUGCCGCUGACGCACGUCCAAUCGCGGAUCGUCUCCGCCGCCUGGUCAUCGGACCUCCCCCGUGCACCCAACUCUACCGCCCUCCCGCGCCUCGACCCCACAAUCCCCACCACAGACCCGCUCAAAUGGUCGUCCACUACCUCGACUCCCAGCGACUCGGGUAACAAAACUUCCGACCUAGGCUACCCCUCAGACACAGCCUACCAAAACGCCCUCCUCUCCCUCCUCCCCACCCACCUCCGCCCCCCAGGUCCCGACGAGUUUACAACCGUCACUCAGGAAGAUACCCCCACCACAGCCACCCACGAGGGAUGGAGAUCUAUCGCCGAAUUUCGAAAUCAAAGAAGAGCCGAUACAAAACGUCUUAGACGCUCCUUACUCGGUUACUAA